AUGGGCGUUCUGGGCCUCUAUAGCUAUUUCAAGUCGAAAGCACUCGGACAGCGAAAGAACUGGACCGCUCACCCGCAAUCAACAAAUAUCAACGAUGACAGCUCAGCGCAGCAGGACGACGAAGCCCAGCGCUACUUUAUUCUGGACGGAAACGCCUAUAUCCAUCACCUCUAUUGCGGUCAACUUGAAUGGAUCUGGGGCGGACAGUACGCUUCCUUUGUCGAUCUACUGGUCGCCCACGUCACAGCCUUAAAGGCGUGUGGAUUCCACCUCCAGUUCCUAUUCGAUGGCCACUUGCCGCUCCAGAAGCUGCAGACGCGGCUCAACCGGGACACGGAAAAGAUUUUCAAGAUGAGCAGGGUCAUGGGUGAUCUAGAGCACUAUCAUGAUCUAGGAUUGAGUCAUAACAGGGCCAACAGCAACAAUAGCAGUAUACUUAUGGGGACCUUGGGUGGUGCGGAAGCUUUUGACAAGGGAGCCGGUGGGGCUGGCGGAGCCGGUAGUCGAAGCAGCCCUCAUUUUCUGAUCCCACCACUGGUUAUGGAGGUCACGCUACAGACAUUGAGGUCCUUAGGAGUGGACCUGAUGGUAUGCGACGGAGAAGCCGAUGGACUGGUCGCUCAUCUGGCCAUGGAGAAGUCCAUGAACGAGAAAGUAAAGGAAGCAUAUGCUAUCAGCAAGGACUCUGAUUACUUUAUCUACAACACGGGAUCCUCAGCAAAGGGAGGCUAUAUCCCUCUCGACAGUCUCUUUGUCUCGACCGAUCCAAAGACCCAGUCCACCCAGAUAACGGCCACAGUUUAUUCUCAGUCGACCAUUGCAGAUCAUCUCGGGAUCCGACCACAGUUCUUGCCACUCUUUGCGUCUCUGACAGGAAACGAUUACCUGCGACCGGAUUUGUUUGAGGAUCAGAUUGCAAAGGCAUUAGUAACAUUUACGGGUCAAAAAUUGUCGGCAGUGCCUAAUACCAAUUUUGCCAGGAUCAAGGCCACAGCAGCGUUUUUGAAGCAAUAUGGAGCAGGAGAUGACGCCAUUAAUGCAGUUGUCACAGGAUCAACAGGCGCUGAGCAAGUGGUCGAGGUUAUGGAGCGGUUGCUGAAAGAUCGAAAGAAGCUUUAUGUAGGGGAGACGGACGACAAACGAAUGGAACUGCGCUCCGCACUCGAGGAAUCUAUGGAACAAUAUUCGGUUAUUACCCAAGGCGAGGCCUCCACGAACACCGUAGUAGGUUUGUUGAACACGGCGACACCUUCAAAAGCAGCCACUGCUGGUCUUCACCAGAUGAAGGAGGCCAUCCGGACUGGACUGCUCUCGUUCAAGUUGAUGGAUGUGAUUUACAACAAGAUGUUUUGGUGCACACCCUUCUUGGAGGACAUGGAUCGGGAGAGCGCAUGGCUAGUUUCGAGGGAACUGAGACGGUGGGUAUAUGGCAUUUUGGCACGGAAUCUGUUGGUCGACAGCGCACAGGAACCCGAGGAAGAGUACGAGUCCUCGGAGUUGGAUGUCGUCGAGUACGUCAGACGCGGGAGCCACUUGUCGGCUGAGAUUGUCACGGCGGCAUCCAGAUUGGAACUUGACGAGGUCUUGAAAUCAGCCAGAGCAAAGUCUAGCAAGAGAACCGGGAGACGUAUCAGUGUCAUGGAUGUAGAUCCAGUCGAGCCGAAUAUACACAGCAACCACGUCGACCAGGAGGAUCAGGGAAAAUCCGAGACGAUGAGCAUCGAUAUGAACUUGGAGAAGGAAACAGAGCAGGUUGCGGAUGUUCUGGAUGAGGCUAGCAGGACUAGCCUGUUCUUGGGCAUCCUUGGAGCUGACACAGCUCAGGUGCGUGCGCUUCCUCAGCCGUAUAUGGUUCUAGCAGCCACACUUAGGUACUUGAUUAACGCACUCGCGCACUCCAAGACGCGAUCGGCCAGCAUCUCGGUUGCAAACUUUGAAGUCAUUGCAUUUGUGGCCACUGUCCUCUUCCUGAGAGAGAAAUAUCACCCAGAAGCGAUACCCUCGACAUCCAGUAGUCGCCAGGGCACACAAGAGCAGAGUCAGCAUCAGAACAGCAGUAUACCCGACCAAAUACUAGCAGCUGUUACGGAAUCACCAACGUCGAUCGCCUCUUCUCAGUCCAUAUCACUCUCAGGGUCAUCAACGUUGGAUGAAGCACCACCUUUGACAAAGCGAUCGCUUCACCUCUCAGCACAGUACCAGCAUACCCUUGGGGCAGUCUCUUCACUGGCGAACGCGUUGUACCUGGAGGAUAUGAUUCCGUCGCUGGCUAGUCUCUUUGACGGCCUUCUAUUCCAGCAGACUCUCGCACUCGCUCGUGGCGGGACUUUGUUGGAGCAGAGGAUGCAGUAUCCGGAAUCGGUCCAGAUGUACCACCUGAUCCUUGCUGCAGUGGAGGAGGAUUUCAUCGAUACCGGAGAGAUUGACGUCGCAGUCGUGUUUCGAGCUCCGCCGGGCAAGAAGGGACAACAACAUCAGCAACAGCAGCAGCAGGAUCAGCGCGUGUCGCUCGGGAUCUUUGGACCGGAUAUGGAAGCUGUGAAUCAACUACCUGUUGGGUCUCCGACUUUGUCGUCCUCAUCCUCGGCCUCGGGAACGUCAUGGAAGGUAGCCAAGUCCGCAGGGAUCCACAAAAAGUCGUCUGGAUCGUCCAAGAAACGCAGUGGAGGUGGCAGUGGUAGCGGAGGUCGCAAUGGCGGUCGAGGAGCAGGAGGCGGAGCAAAUAUGUUCAAUGUCUUGUCCCUUGGCUGCGAAUUCUAA